UGAAAACAAUCAAGUAAAACUCUAGAAUAUUCUAAAUUUAUUAAAUUAACUCAUAAACUAUAGAGCAUUCGUAAGAAAAGUAACAUAGAAAGAUGGCAGAACAGAUUGAUCUAUCGAAUGAUGGUGGAGUUUUAAAGGAAAUCCUAAAAGAAGGUGAAGGUUCAGAAACUCCCAGCGACGGAUGUACGGUGUCUUGUCAUUAUACGGGAACAUUAUUAGAUGGAACUAAGUUUGAUAGUAGUGUAGAUCGUGGUGAACCUUUCGAAUUUCAACUUGGAAAAGGUCAAGUCAUUAAAUCAUGGGAUAUUGGAGUAGCAUCAAUGAAAAAGGGCGAGAAAUGUGUCUUAACUUGUGCGCCAGACUAUGCUUAUGGAAAGAUGGGAUCCCCUCCAAAUAUUCCACCCGAAUCAACACUCAAAUUUGAGCUUGAAUUGUUAGGUUGGAAAGGUCAGGAUGUCUCAAAGAAUGGUGAUGGUGGAGUUGAGAAGUACAUAGUAACGAAAAGUGACAAGAAGAAGACACCAAAUGACGGUGCACUUGUAAAAUGUCACAUUACUGGAACAUUCGAAGGACGCGUUUUUGAUGAUCGUGAUGUUGAGUUUAAUAUUGGCGAGGGUGAAGAAUACAAUGUAGUGUCAGGCAUAGAAUCUGGAUUAGAAAAAAUGACUCAAGGUGAAGUAUCUCGUCUUGUCAUUCAACCUAAAUAUGCUUUUGGUGCUGACGGAAAUGAACAGUUCCAAAUUCCAUCGAAUUCCACUGUUGAGUAUGUAGUUACACUUAAUGAGUUUGAAAAGGAGAUUGAAAGCUGGAAGCUUGAUGCUGAUGAGAGUCUCGUACAGGCUAAAAUGUUUAAGGACAAAGGCACCAAUUAUUUUAAGCAAGAUAAAUUUAAAAUGGCAUUAAAAUUCUAUGAGAAAUGUCAAGCAUUCUUAUCUAAUUGCGACUGUGCAGUCGACGGAGAAGCAAAAAAUCUCCACAUUUCCGUUUACUUAAAUAAAGCCUUAUGUCACCAAAAACUUAAUGAUCAAGAUGAAGUUAGACAUGCAUGUGAUGAAGUCCUUUCAAAGGAUCCUAAAAAUCUCAAAGCAUUCUUCCGUCGUGGACAGGCUAGCUUGGUUCUUGGCGAAGUUGAAAGAGCUCUCGGUGAUUUUGAAAAGGCUCAAGAAAUUGAACCUGAAAAUAAAGCAGCACUGAACCAAAUUACGAUUUGUAAGCAAAAAUUGAAGGCUUAUCGUGAUCAAGAAAAGAAAGUUUAUCGCAACAUGUUUGCCAAGUUUGCAGCUGCUGAUUAUUCUAACGAACCAAAGCCUCUUGUUGAUGAGUACGGCUAUAACACUAAGUUUGGUGAAUGGAAGGAUGAAGAGCGAUCUCACAGCAUGACAAAGUUCGAAGAAGAGAAUCCAGAUCUAAUCAUGUGCGAUAAUCCAGUGACCGAAGUGUUGAAGAACAUGUAAGCGAAUACAUCCACCACACUUAAAUGUCCAAAAACUUAAUUAAGCUUUUUUUUCAUCAAAUUGUAUUUCGUGGAAACUAAUAAAUCGAUUUCUCAUAGUCUACUUCACAUUGAUAUGCUUUGUGUGUCAAUUGAAUGU